AUGGACGACAGAUGCUACCCGGUGAUCUUCCCAGAUGCACGGAAUUUCUGCCCCUUCACUCCUGACUCUCUGGCUGCAAUUGAGAAGCAAAUUGCCACCCAAAAGGAGAAGAAGAAUUCCAAAGACCAGACAGCACCAGAACCCCAGCAUCGACCUCAACUUGACCUAAAAGUCUCCAGAAAGUUACCCAAGCUUUAUGGCGACAUUCCCCCUGAGCUGAUAGCGAAGCCCCUGGAAGAUUUGGACCCAUUCUACAGAAAUCAUAAGACGUUUAUGGUGUUGAACAAAAAUAGAACAAUCUACCGCUUCAGUGCCAAACGUGCCUUGUUCAUUUUUGGGCCUUUCAGUUCAAUCAGAAGUUUAGCCAUUAGAAUCUCAGUCCAUUCAUUGUUCAGCAUGUUUAUCAUCUGCACCGUCGUCAUCAACUGUGUGUUCAUGGCCACAGCUCAUGGGAAGAAGAGCAGUACUGUAGACACCGACAGUGCUGAGUAUAUCUUCACUGGAAUUUAUAUAUUUGAAGCAUUAAUUAAAAUAUUGGCAAGAGGUUUUAUUCUGGAUGAGUUUUCUUUCCUUCGAGAUCCAUGGAACUGGCUGGACUCCAUUGUCAUUGCAACAGCGUUUGUAUCAUAUUCGCUAGAAGAUAAGGUCAGCAGCAUCAGUCUGUCAUCACUUCGUACCUUCCGAGUGUUCAGAGCUUUGAAAGCAAUUUCGGUAGUUUCAGGUCUGAAGGUCAUUGUUGGGGCCUUGCUUCGCUCUGUGAAGAAGCUUGUCGAUGUGAUGAUCCUGACUCUCUUUUGCCUCAGCAUCUUUGCCCUUGUGGGUCAGCAGCUCUUUAUGGGAAGCCUGGACCAGAAAUGUGUCAGUAAAGAUUGUGACUCUGACAAUAAAGAAUAUUGCUUUGAAAAGAAAAAUGCCAAUGAAUUCAGAAUGUGUGGCACCUGGAUGGGUAGCAGGGCUUGUUCUGAACAAUUUGAAUGCAACCACACUCGUUGGAAUCCUGAUUAUAAUUACACGAAUUUUGACAACUUUGGCUGGUCUUUUCUUGCCAUGUUCCGGCUUAUGACUCAGGAUUCUUGGGAGAAGCUUUAUCGACAGACCUUGCGCACCUCAGGGCUCUACUCGGUCUUCUUCUUUGUGUUGGUCAUAUUCUUGGGCUCUUUCUACUUGAUUAACUUAACCCUGGCUGUUGUCACCAUGGCUUAUGAGGAACAGAACAAGAAUGUAGCUGCUGAGACGGAAGCCAAGGAGAAGAUGUUUCAGGAAGCCCAGCAGCUGUUAAAAGAGGAGAAGGAGGCUCUGGUUGCCAUGGGAAUUGACAGAAGUUCACUGAAUUCUCUUGAAGCAUCAUCUUUUUCCCCAAAGAAGAGGAGGUUAUUUGGUAAUAAGAAAAGAAAAUCCUUCUUUUUGAGAGAGUCUGGGAAAGACCAGGUCCCAGGAUCAGAUUCUGAUGAAGAUUCUUCAAAAAAGCCACACCUCCUAGAGCAAACCAAACGACUCUCCCAGAAUCUGUCAGUGGACUACAGUGAUGAGCAUGGUGACCCCUUACAAAGGCAGAGAGCGCUGAGUGCUGUCAGCAUCCUCACCAUUACCAUGCAUGAACAAGAAAAAUCACAGGAACCCUGCCUCCCAUGUGGGGAAAACCUGGCAUCCAAAUACCUGGUGUGGGACUGUAACCCCCAGUGGCUGUGCAUUAAGAAGGCGCUGAGACUCGUGAUGACCGACCCCUUUACUGAGCUGGCCAUCACCAUCUGCAUCAUAAUCAACACUAUCUUCUUGGCCAUGGAGCAUUACCAAAUGGACACGAGUUUUGAGACUAUGUUGUGCACAGGGAAUUUGGUUUUUGCUGGCAUUUUCAUGGCUGAAAUGUGCCUAAAAAUCAUUGCGCUGGAUCCCUACCACUACUUUCGCCGAGGCUGGAACAUUUUUGACAGCAUUGUUGCUCUUCUGAGUUUUGCAGAUGUGAUGUUAAACACAGAAAAAAAAUCUUGGAAAUUAUUUCGUUCCUUAAGAGUGCUGAGGGUUUUCAAGUUAGCCAAAUCCUGGCCAACUUUAAACACACUGAUUAAGAUAAUCGGUCAUUCUGUUGGAGCCCUUGGAAACCUGACUGUGGUCCUGGCCAUUGUGGUCUUUAUUUUCUCAGUAGUUGGCAUGCAGCUUUUUGGCUCUAGGUUCAAUUCCACAAGGACUAAUUCAAAAUCCCGAGAUUGUGCAAACUCCUGUUUACGACGCUGGCACAUGGAGGAUUUCUACCACUCCUUUCUGGUGGUGUUCCGCAUCCUGUGUGGGGAAUGGAUAGAAAAUAUGUGGGAAUGUAUGCAAGAAGCUAACCAACCACUGUGCAUUAUUGUAUUUCUAUCGAUCAUGGUGAUAGGAAAACUUGUGGUACUCAACCUCUUCAUUGCCUUGCUGCUCAAUUCCUUCAGCAAUGAGGAGAGAGAUGGACAGUUGGAAGGAGAGGGCAGGAAAACCAAAGUCCAUUUAGCCCUGGAUCGGUUCCGCCGGGCUUUUUGUUUUGUCUUAUAUACUCUUGAGCAUUUUUGGCGCAAGUGGCGCAAGAAGCAACAUUUGCCAAAGCAAAAAGAGAUGACGGAACGCCCUGCUACAGAGGGCAAAGAUGUCAUUCCUCUAGUCACAAAAAUGAAAAAGGGCCCAGAAACUUGGGAGGAGUUUUGUGUACUGAGUUCUGCACCAAGGACCUCAAGUGUUGGGAAUGAUUGGACUUGGUUGGCCCCACUUGCAGAGGAAGAAGAUGAUGUUGAAUCCCUUUGCGAACAUAUGGCACAUCCUGUCAUACAGCCUGAGGCUGGACAACAGGCCUGUGAACUUCAUCACAAGAACAAGGAGUCCAACAGUCCAGGAGUUCAAAGUGUGGAAAUUGACAUAUUCUCUGAAGAUGUUCCUUAUCUGUCAAUACAGAAUUCCCGAAAGAAGUCUGAUGCUGCUACCAGUGUGCUCUCAGAAUGUAGCACCAUUGAUCCACAGGACCCCUUCAGGCGCAUACCUGAAAUGGUUCCCAAAAAGGAACCAGAAAGGUGUUUGCCCAGAGGGCUGGGUUGCUGCUUUCCAUGUUGUGCUUUGGACAAGAGAAAGUCCCCCUGGAUCAUUUGGUGGAAACUGCGGAAAACCUGCUACCAAAUAGUGAAUCACAGCUGGUUUGAGAGCUUUAUUAUCUUUGUGAUUCUGCUGAGCAGUGGGGCACUGGUAUUUGAAGAUAUUCACCUUGAGAAACAACCCCAAAUCCAAACAUUACUUAAUUGUACUGACCAUAUAUUCACAUACAUUUUUGUCUUGGAGAUGGGUCUGAAAUGGGUGGCCUUUGGAUUUCAGAAGUAUUUCACCAGCGCCUGGUGCUGGCUCGAUUUUGUCAUUGUGAUUGUCUCUGUGACCAGUCUCAUUGACGUAAAGGGCUUGAAGUCCUUCCGGACUCUGCGAGCACUGAGGCCCCUGCGAGCACUAUCCCAGUUUGAAGGAAUGAAGGUGGUAGUUUAUGCUCUCAUAGGUGCCAUACCUGCCAUUCUGAAUGUUUUGCUUGUCUGCCUCAUUUUCUGGCUCAUAUUUUGUAUCCUGGGAGUACAUUUUUUUUCUGGAAAAUUUGGAAGAUGCGUUAAUGUAACAGAUGAAAACUCAGUUAUAAAUGAUAGCCUUGUCACAAACCGGAAUCAAUGUGAAAGUGAAAAUCUCUCCUGGAUGCCACAGAGUGUCAAUUUUGACAAUGUGGGAAUGGCUUACCUCGCACUGCUGCAAGUGGCAACAUUUAAGGGAUGGAUGGAUAUUAUGUAUGCAGCUGUUGAUUCCAGAGAGGAAGGCAGACAGCCACGGUUUGAGGAGAACCCAUACGUAUACCUUUACUUCGUAGUGUUUAUCAUCUUUGGCUCUUUCUUCACUCUGAAUCUCUUUAUUGGUGUUAUAAUUGACAACUUCAACCAACAGCAGAAAAAGAUAAGUGGCCAAGAUAUCUUUAUGACAGAAGAACAGAAGAAAUACUAUAAUGCAAUGAAAAAAUUAGGAUCCAAAAAACCUCAAAGGCCCAUUCCAAGGCCUCUGAACAAAUGCCAGGGUCUUGUGUUUGACCUAGUCACACACCAGGUCUUUGACAUCAUCAUCAUCAUCCUUAUUUUCCUCAACAUGGUUAGCAUGAUGGCUGAAUCACACGACCAGUCUGACAGCAUGAAACUCAUCCUUGAACGUCUCAACCUGGCCUUUGUGGUCAUCUUUACAAUUGAAUGUCUCAUCAAGAUCUUUGCUUUGAGGCAGUACUACUUCACCAAUGGCUGGAAUUUAUUUGAUUGUGUGAUCGUGAUCCUUUCUAUUGUUAGUACAAUGGUUUCUGUCUUGGAAGACCAGGAGCACAUUCCUUUCCCACCAACACUCUUUAGAGUUGUCCGCUUGGCUCGGAUUGGCCGAAUCCUGAGGCUUGUUCGGGCAGCGCGAGGAAUCAGAACUCUCCUUUUUGCUCUGAUGAUGUCCCUUCCCUCUCUAUUCAACAUUGGCCUUCUACUCUUUCUAAUUAUGUUUAUUUAUGCCAUUUUUGGUAUGAACUCUUUUUGCAAAGUGAAGCAAGAGUCUGGAAUUGAUGACAUUUUCAACUUUGAGACUUUUGUAGGCAGCAUGCUGUGUCUCUUCCAGAUAACCACAUCAGCAGGCUGGGAUGCCCUCCUCAACCCCAUGUUGCAAUCAAAAGACUCCUGUAACCGCACGUCAGAGAACUGUCACCUCUCUGCCAUAGCCACAACCUACUUUGUUAGUUAUAUCAUCAUCUCCUUUCUUAUUGUGGUCAACAUGUAUAUUGCUGUGAUUUUAGAAAACUUCAAUACAGCCACUGAAGAAAGUGAGGACCCUUUGGGUGAAGAUGACUUUGAAAUGUUCUAUGAAGUCUGGGAAAAGUUUGACCCAGAAGCAACACAGUUUAUCAAAUAUUCUGCCCUUUCUGACUUUGCUGAUGCCCUUCCUGAGCCUCUGCGUGUGGCAAAGCCAAAUAAAUACCAAUUUUUAGUUAUGGACUUGCCCAUGGUGAGUGGUGACCGCCUCCAUUGCUUGGAUAUUCUCUUUGCUUUCACCACUAGGGUGCUUGGUGAGUCCAGUGGCCUUGAUAGCAUAAAAGCAAUGAUGGAGGAGAAGUUCAUGGAAGCCAACCCUUUCAAGAAGUUAUAUGAACCCAUAGUCACCACUACCAAGAGGAAGGAAGAGGAAAGAUGUGCUGCUGUUAUUCAAAAGGCCUUUCGAAAAUACAUGACAAAGAUGACCAAGUGUACCUUGGAAGACAGACCUCAUUCUCCCCUCCAGACACUCUGCAAUGGGGACUUGUCCAACUCUGGGAUGGCCGAGGGCAAAGUCCACUAUGACUGA